AUCCAAUGUCUGGUUUGACGAUACAGGCUACGACUGGACUGGUCCGCCUACAGGCGUGGCGGUCUGUUUCCGUCUGCUCGGGUGAAAUGGCGCCAUCGCGUGACCGGAAACGGUAACGCGUUUACGCCGACCGUAGGCGACAACAUGGACGGCGCUCACUUCUGCGAGGUCAAGUGAGACGUUGAGGGUCGAGGGGCACCGCGACAGAAACUUGUAGUCAUAGUUAUGUAACCUCCUUGUUAUUGAGCAUAGUGUUCGUUGUAGCUUGAAGAACAAAAUGUUGUCUCACUUACUAACUGUGUGUGGCUCAUUUCCAACCGCAUCUCAAGAUUUUCAUGUUUUUAUUUUGAACUUAUAAGUUGUAAAAAUUAACAGAUACAAUACAAAUGCGCAACUUAAAACCCUUACGAAAUAUGAGCCUCCAGCACAGUGGGGGCAGCAUUUCACCCAGAGCCGCCUGGGCCUACAGAAGAAAGGAACGGCUUGUCCCACCGGCGUUUUAUUUAGCCACAGAAGGUCGGUCGCAGCCAAGGCGGUAUUCGAACAAAUUAAAAAUAAACCAAAAACUAGUCAAAAUAAUUUAAUUGUAUUGCAAGUUUGUGAAUCUAAACGUGGAGCGAUGUGAGUAUUGCUGUGAAAUAACAGUAGUGCGGCGGUGCUGGUCGCAUUUCUCCAGUCGGGCUGGUUAUGAAACCGUGUUAGCGAACGUUGGCUAACGUUACCGAGCGUUGGUGACGCCAACGGCUCUGGACGCAGCCGGAUACGUCGUUAAAGUGACUCGAACACAGCGAGACGGCAAACCGCUAGCUAGUUAUUGAGGACGGUCAGAGCUAGGUUAGCUGCUAUUACACGUCGGUCGGCACUACAAGUGGGGUGUUAGGACCGGAUCCUUGAAUCCCACUGCCCGGAGCCCUUUGCUUUUCGCUUCGCAGACCCAGGAUCGGUCUUCCUCGAACUGAGUGGCUGAUUUAAUGGCAGCCACGGCCAGUGCCCGGCGGUUACCCAUGGGCGUGCGGACGUUUAGUGACUUCCUCAACAUCGCCUCUGUGGGAUCCACUCGCUCGUGUGGCACAGGGCUGCAAAGAGGAGGAGGAUGCCUGCGACAGAACAUCAGACACUUGUCGUCAUGCGGCAUUUUGAUGACGAGAACUCCCAAAGUGCUCUGCCUUCACGACUGGGACACAAUGACAACGGCUCCUCAAAGCAGAAACUUCUUCAGUCUGACCAACAAGAGGAAGGAGUACUCCGAGCGUAGAAUACUUGGGUUUUCUAUGCAGGAAAUGUAUGAUGUGGUUGCCAAUGUUGACGAUUACAAGCACUUUGUGCCAUGGUGUAAGAAGUCCCAGACCGUCAUGAAAAGAGCAGGCCACGCCAAAGCUCAACUUGAAGUCGGAUUUCCUCCAGUGGUGGAGAGAUACACGUCUAUGAUCACUAACGUCCGGCCUCAUCUAGUCAAAGCAGUGUGUACGGAUGGAAAGCUAUUCAAUCACUUGGAGACGAUAUGGCGCUUUAGUCCUGGUAUUCCUGGUUACCCUCGCACCUGCACGGUAGACUUUUCUAUAUCCUUUGAGUUCCGCUCUUUGCUGCACUCCCAGUUAGCCACCAUGUUCUUCGACGAGGUUGUAAAGCAAAAUGUCGCUGCGUUUGUGCGGCGAGCCGCUAAGGCCUACGGCCCAGAGACUCGCAUCCCGCGAGAGCUGAUGUUUCACGAGGUGCAUCAGACGUGAUGUCAGCAGAUGUAUGUUCUCAUCUGGCCUUAAACCACACCAACCUGUAUUCCCUUUAUCAACCAAACCUGCAUGAUGCCUCUUAGUCGCCCAUCACUUCAAGUCUCCAGCACCACGUAGAAAUCCUGGACCCUGAAGAUGUUAGACAUCCAACUCCAGUAAGCAUUUGGUUGGAAUUCCUUCCUCAACACAUUCUCGUUCUUUUCCUCUGUGUGUUAAGUCUGUCCAUUUUCUGUCUUCGGCCACUCAAAGGAUGCUUUUUUGUCAGAAGGAAUCCACCAUUGCUCUCGCUUCCAGUUACAAGCUGUACUUGUGUAAACAAAACUGUAAAUCAUUGCAACACCAUGUUACCAAUGGUAGAGUGGACUAUUACUUUAAACAAAAAGCACAUUGACACUGAACAAAACAGCCUUUUGCUGUCUGCAGGGAUCGAGUCUUAUCGUGUGAUCUCAAGGUUAUGUGCCACACUGACACGAUAUCAAAUCUCUGUGCGUCAGCUGCUCAUACCUUCCAAGGAAAGCAGAAUCGUUGCCUCCGCUUUUACCAUUAAACAUUAUUUUCAAAGUGAAGUUUCAAUAUAUUAUUUGACAUAGUACAUAUAAUUAGUUGUCAUUUGCAAAUUCUUACUGUGUUAUUGGGAGGGCCUUGAGUGUGAAAAUAUAUUUGACGUGCAAAAUCUUUCACAGGGGAAAAAGGUCAUUUCUUUAUUUAGUCAGCUGUGCCCUCCAUUCACUUGAGGUUUGGAACAUUUUGCUUUAACUUAGAUGCUCAUGUGCUGUGAGAAUCUUGCUUUUGGACAUUGAGAUUUGAACAAUGUCUUAUUUUACAGCCCAGAACAAGUAACUAUUAGGAGAUUAAUAUAAGCGGGGAAUCUUAACUUUGCACCAGCAAGAGCAUCUGAUCGACUGGAGAGUACUGUGAAAUACUGUAAAUGGGGAUUACAAUAAAAAAUCAUCAUUAAAAGUCAUCAUUAAAUUAUCACAUACUUUUUAAAAUAAGAUGAGUUAUAAAUUUAAAUUGAUAACUGCCGUGUUAACAUCAAUAUUUAAUACAUGCUGUAAAAGUUUCCCUACUCGUUUUUUGUAUUUUACAGUUCACUGAACGUCAUCAGAAGGAUGUUACAGUUCUAUCAUGAACAUAGUUGGUAUAAAGUAUACUUGUGGGCUGCAGAAUAAAACUAUCAAUCAUUUAUCAUUGUCUAUGGGUUUCAUGCUUAUUUUUUGUCAAGUUUAGCUUUUACUUAUAUACAUUAUGAUGCAUUGAUACAACUUAACAAAAAGGCAAAAACUGUUUGUGUAGCAUUACUCGUGCAUGACUUUAAGUUGGGAUUUAUAUUUAAUUUGUAAGCAGCCCGUGGCUUUAUUCCUACGGUUCAUUGAUUGUAUUUGUCGUUUUACUGUUGACCAUGUUCAGGUUGCAAAAUGUCAAUGGAAAAAGUCAGUAUGUGACCUUCAUCAUAAUAGGCAGUACAUUAUGUCCACAUGCUCAUACCCUGGUGAAACUAUUUUCAAUGCUGGCGUGCUUUAUGUUCUGUUGGUUAGUGGAAAUUAAGAAGAGUUGAUCAUCAAUGCAUGAAGAAUGUUAAUGAAAUAAAAAUCUGUCUGGGAAUCAGUUACAAAAAAAACGAUUGUUAAAUACUAUUGUAAGAAUGCAUUUUCAUCCCAAGUUUGUUAAAACAUGUUUUAUUUUCAGUAUAUUGCCCAAAGAUAGAAUUUCUUGCCAAGUUUCAUUCUUGUAGUUGCCAAUAAUCUGUAAAUCCAAAACAUAAAAAAAAUAUUUUAAUAAACCGAAGAAAUAUUUAGAGUAUUAUAUGAUCACCUCAGCGCUCCAGCCCCACAGUAAUACCAAUUGUGUGAAUGACCAUUGGUCUCACGGUGGCAGUCUAGUAUGUAUACAGGGAUGGAGGCACAUUGCGGUCACUGUAACUACAAUAGAAUAUAUUAUCAUGUUUCAUACACUUAAGCUCACACUUGUAUCUGUUGAAAGCUUAAGUGUAUCCUUGUAAAUAUGGUGUGUAUUUCAGAGCUUUGUUAUUUAAAUAAAACAAUUGGAAUUUA